AUGUUUUCAUCUUGCGCUUACCCCAAAGUUUCAAAACUUCGCUCACAUCCAUUGCGUUUUAUAUCGCUUCUUGACGUGGUAUUUCGAGAUGAAAAUGUCGUGGUUAAGGAGUCAUGGCAACCAAGACGUGGUGUACAUCAUCGUACUCCAAGAAUUGAGUUAAGUGAUGAAGGAGAAAUUCAGAUGGAAAAUGAUUCCCAUGAUCUUGAUCAAAGGGAACAAGAAGAUCCAGACUGGUUACAAACUCCUAUGAACCAUACUCCAAAUGUGACCGAGACAGAUCCUGCAACGAUGUCACAACAAAAUGCAACUGAGAGAUCUCAAAUGAAAGAUACAUCUCGUCGAAAGCGUAAGUGCAAUCCAAUGGACUCCACACUCGAUCGAAUUGCUGCAACCAUGGAAGACCGGAAUGGUAUUCUAGAACAGAUGGCAUCAUCUACAUCUAAGACCCAAUCAACAAAUUCAACUGAGGAACGUAUGGCUCUUGUUGUCAAAUGUGUGAGGGAAGUACCUGAUCUAAUUCCCAUGACAGAGCUAUAUUGGGCAUCACUUGACCUUAUUGCAACAAAUGAUGUUGUGCGAGGCUUAUUUCUGACUCUUCCUAAUGAUGAGAAACUAUCUUUUUUGAAACGUCAAAUUAUAGGAGUCUCGUAA